GAGAUCUACCCGCGAGAGUAAACAGUCGCCAUUUCUCGAAAGUAAGAAAGAGCUGAAAGUGUGGCGGACAGUUCGUUCACAUCGGCAGAGAAACCAACCUCAACCAACUCUUAAAUUAAAGACCGCAUCUAAGCUCUCAGUUACCGGCUGUCUUCCCUCACUGGUGUACAAUUAUAUGUGAUAUUCCAGCCGGAGUUUAUGAGGGCGGGGCACAGCUGCAGAAAAACAGCCCUCCCCUGAAAAAUGAUCAUUGAAAACCUCGAUGCCUUGAAGACAUGGCUCUCAAAGACUCUUGAACCCAUAUGUGAUGCUGACCCUUCUGCUCUUGCGAAAUAUGUGGUUGCCUUGGUGAAGAAAGACAAAUCCGAGAAGGAGUUGAAAGCACUAUGCAUUGACCAGUUGGAUGUAUUCCUCCAGAAAGAGACACAGACAUUUGUGGAUAAACUUUUUGAAGCUGUGAAUGCAAAGAGUUACCUACCUCAACCAGAGCAGCUAACUUCCACAAGCAGAACUGAAUCUCACCAGCGCACAGAGAAAGAUGAAUCAAAGAGAGAAGAGCAGCCCAGCCGAGAUGAAGAUCGAGACAAGAAAUUCUCCCGGAGAAUAAACCACAGUCCUCCGUCUAGCUCCAGAUACAGCCGAGACAGCAGGAGAAUAGAUGAUCGCAAGAAAGAUGACCGCUCCAGGAAACGAGAGUAUGACCGUAACCCACCCAGAAGGGACUCGUACAGAGAACGCUACAACCGCAGAAGAGAACGCAGCCGCACUUACAGUCGAAGUCGGAGUCGCAGCUGGAGUAAGGACCGCACUCGUGACCGAGACAGAGAUAGAGAUCGCGACAGAGACCGGGACCGCAGCAGAUCGCGAACUCGCUCACGAAGUCGCACUAGGAGCAGAAGCAGAGAGCGAGAUUCUGUAAAGUCAAAAUACGACCACAGCCGCCCAGAACGUCAGGAGGGCCCGACCACAGAUGGCUACACCGCCACACCUCUCACCCCCGGGAGCUCCUCUGCUCAUUUCCCAGUGCCCACCCUCAGUAGCACCAUCACUGUCAUCGCCCCCACCCACCAUGGGAACAACACCACUGAGAGCUGGUCAGAAUUCCCACAGGACCACACGCCCUUCGGCAGAGGAGGCCCACCAAGGAAACGCUGUCGUGACUAUGAUGAGAAAGGCUUCUGUAUGCGAGGAGACAUGUGUCCUUUCGAUCAUGGAAGUGAUCCAGUGGUGGUCGAGGAUGUCAAUCUUCCGAGCAUACUACCUUUCCAGCCACCGCCUCUUCCUGGAGUGGAUGGCCCACCACCACCGGGUCUGCCUCCCCCUCACUCACUGCUGACUCCACCAGUGAACCUCAGGCCACCUGUGCCCCCACCGGGCACCAUGCCUCCCAGCCUACCACCUGUAGCAGGUCCUCCUCCUCCUCUUCCUGCCCUGCAGCCCUCUGGUAUGGACGCCCCUCCAAACUCCAUGACCAGCUCUGUGCCGACUAUAGUCACGUCAGGGAUUCGGCCUCCAAUCACCCAGCCUCCACCACCCCUGUUCACUUCGGACUCAUUUGAGCCAGACGUGUAUAAUCCUGAAGCCCCAAGUAUGACCUCGCGGCCCAUGUACAGACACAGAGUCAACGCUCAGCGGCCCAAUCUGAUUGGUCUGACCAUGGGUGAGGUGGAUAUGCCCCACAGAGAGAAAAUGUCGAACAGCAACAGCGCUCGGAUAGUUUUAGAAUCAGACUCCAGGAAGAGAGGAGCAGCACUGCAUGAUGGAGCGAUUCCUGCUAAGAAACCCUGGUUUGACAAACCAAACUUCAACAAACCCAACCACCACGGCUUUCACAGAAAAGUGCCCUACUCUUUAAUAAACACCAAACUGGCCAUCCGUCAGAUUCCUCCUGAACUCAACAACAUCAGCAAACUAAACGAGCACUUCAGCAAGUUUGGCACAAUCGUCAAUCUCCAGGUGGCGUAUAAUAAUGACCCAGAGGGGGCACUGAUUCAAUUUGCCUCCCCUGAAGAAGCCAAGCGGGCCAUGCAGAGCACAGAGGCGGUACUCAACAACCGAUUCAUCAAAGUACACUGGCACAGAGAGGACACAGUGGAACACAUGCACACCACGCCACAUCCGAGCGUUCAGUCUGCCCAGGAGCCUGCAGUUACCACACUGAAACAGUCAGUGAAAGACCGGCUUGGACCCCUGCCCACAGCCCACCAUGAACCCUCACAGGACCCCAGCUUCACUCCACAGAACACAACCAAGGCUUCAGUGAAGGAGCGUCUGGGCUUCUCUAAACCAGCUGGCUUUGGAGGAAAGGUCUUUUCUACAUCUACUGGCCUGACUAAGACUGUUUAUAACCCAGCUGCACUGAAAGCUGGCCAGAAGGGGGUGCCAUUUGGGACAAGUGUCAGCACAGAAGAUGCCCUGAAAAGGAAACAGGAGGCGCUGAAGCUUCAGCAGGAUGUUAGGAAAAAGAAACAGGAGAUUUUGGAGAAGCACAUUCAGACUCAGAAGCUGCUGAUAUCUAAGCUGGAGAAGAACAAGUCCAUGAAGGUGGAGGAUAAAGCUCUGAUCAUGCAAACCCUCACCACCCUCACCAACAGCAUCACCAAACUCCAGGAGGAGAUAAAAGGACUGUCCAGUUCAAAUGCUCUGAGGACCACACUCAAGAGCAAAGCCCAGGCUCAGAAGGAGCUCCUGGACACAGAGUUGGACCUUUAUAAGAAAAUGCAGGCAGGAGAGGACACUGCUGAACUCAAGAUCAAAUACACUCAAAUGCAGUUAGAGGCUGCCAAAAGGGGGCUUUUGACCCCAGGACGUGGGAGGGGGGCCCACUCCAGGGGUCGGGGGGCCAUGAGGAGCCGUGGCCGAGGGAUCCGAGGGCGCGGGAGAGGAGUUCCAACUCACUCUGUGGUGGAUCAUCGACCCACAGCUUUAGAGAUCAGCGGUUUCACUGAGGCAGAUCGAGUCGACCUGCUGCCGCACUUUGCAAAAUUUGGGGAGAUUGAAGAUUGCCAGAUGGAGGAUUCUAGUCUUAGUGCCAUCAUUACGUACAAAAGCCGAGCAGAGGCUGAGCAGGCGGCCAUCCAUGGCAUUCGGUUAAAUAAUCAGGAGCUGCGUUUGGCCUGGCACAAGCCCACGACUUCCCUCAACACAACAGACCUGGAUGAGGCUGAACCUGAGGAUGAGGAGCUAAUUUCAAGAUCAAAGACCGCAAUAGGAGAGAGAGCGGCAUCAGCACUGUUCCCAGAGGAUUCGCUCGUGGACGAUUCCCUGCUGCAGGACGAUGACGAAGAGGAAGACGAUAACGAGUCGCGCUCAUGGCGCAGAUGAAGAUGAAGUCUUCUGUCCAGUCCUGCUGCACUGCACCACUCUUUUGAGUUAUGUGUUUUUGAAAUGGUUGUUUUUAAAAAUUUAAUUUACAUUUCAUUGGCUUUUUUAUUUUACUUAUUAAACCUGAGCAGAUUGUCUGUCAAAAGGCUGUGAAUUUGAAUAACUGAGUUGUGAAAUGACAUGAUAAUUUGUUUUCUCACCCUCAUCGAUUGUUUUGUAUCGUGUCGAAACAUUGACUAACUUUUGGUUUUAUUUUUGCUUUUUUAUGGUCAAUAUGUUGACCCAAAUUUCUUUUGAACAGUUCUGAAAAUGUUACAGUUUGAAACUAAUAUGGAGAAUGUUUCAAUUUCAAAGACAACAGUAGAGCAUUUUUGAAGCAUUGUUAUAAAACAUGUUGUACGCUUUCCUUAGUAUAAUCAGCCUGAUGAGGAUGUAGCUUUUGUGUACAUAUUUUAUGUAUGAAUUUUAAUGGUUUGUAUGAAUUCUUUGCUUCUGAAUUCAUCACCUGGGUUUAAUUUUGAAAUGUAAAAAAAUAAAGAAGUGAAAUGGUCUAGAAAAAAUAUCAGCUGUUAAAAAAAGAAAGAAAAAAUAUUGAGAGCUCUGCUGCAAAAGCAGUAAAGCAAAAAAAAAAAAAAAAUCUGAACAGCUAAAUAAAGACCAUUUCAACCCCCCACCCCCCAA